CGCGGUACGGUCAUGUUAUACUGCGUUGUUACUCGAGACUGAGCGAGCGCACGUCCGAAUACGCUCUCGGCAAACCACGAUAAGUCGAACAUGUGAUCAGUGACAAACGAGAAAAAAUCAUAGAGUAAAACAUGGACAUACUUUCCGCCACUUUCACUUUGAGCUCUCACAAACGCCGUUGGGAAAUGCUUCUAGUAUCAGUUACCUUCCUUGUGUGAUGUCUAUUAAACCAAUACCAGUGUUCAGUUAGAGUUACUAUAACCACAAGUGAAUACGAUCCAGACAGAAACGGUACGAAAGUGACACGGUACGUUGGGAAACUUGCGCGGUUUUGAAGAGACGUGAGUGUGAACCAUAUUUCGAAAGUGUAACUUUGCUAUUGAAUGUGCAGCUGUAAUUUUUGGUAAUCAAUAACUAUAGACACAGAUCGUGUGAUCCCGCAAACAUCGGAUCGUUUGCGGCUUGUAACCGAGAAGUGGCGAAUUACAUCGUAUGGUGCAAUAGUUAACGAAACAACAUGCGAAUAGCGAUGUCACUAAAACAUCGAUAUCGAACUGAAUGAAAAUCACACGUUGGGCGCCAAUGAAGUUCCAUUAGGCGCAUAAGUUUCUACUUUAAUAGCGAGUGUUAGAGGUGAAUUUGCAAGUUUGAGGGUAUGGUUAUUGGCGGACUUUGAGGACGUGGAGGGAUGAGAGAAGGGGUUGUGCAGUGACGGCGGCGGGGCGGCUGCCAUGGGCGCGGCGCGCCAUGCGUUUGCGUACGCGCCCGCUGCGGUUCAUUCUCGCGGCGCUAGCGCUAGCUACCUGCGCCGCGGCGCCCACGCCGGAGCAGCGCGCGCAGCGAUCGGCGAACCUCAGCCACAUUACGGGCACUUCCAGGAAAAUACAGAUGUUCCUCAAGAAUCGAUAUCUACAGCUGCUACCAGAUGGCACUGUCAACGGCACCACAGACGGCAAGAGCGAGUACACGAUACUUCAGCGUGCAACGUUCAAGGUUGGCCUCCUGACGAUCCAGGGGGUCUACACCUGCCUCUACCUCUGUAUGGAUGCUUGCGGGUUUCAAUACGCACAUAAGGAUCUCUCGGACGACUGCUUGUUCCAAGAGCAUUUAGAAGAAAACAAUUAUAACACAUAUUCGCGAAUACGAAACGGGAAGAAGACAUUCUUGGCGCUAGACAAUCGAGGAAAGGCGAGGCGGACGCAGAUACCGAUGAGUCGACAGCUCGGGAACCUGUCGACGUAUGCGCUGACAUUAACUAGAAAAUCGGACGGACAUGGACACAAAUCGACACAAUGCCCACCACGACGACACAGAGGAAAACUGAUGAAAAGGCCCCCACCGAGACACAGAAACUGCAUGCAACGAAUACAGAAGCAGAAUCUGAGGCAUAAACGUAAGCACAAGAAAGCUAACAAUCCUAAAAAGAAACAGCGACAUCCGAAGGCGCGGAGAAAACACGAGAACGGUACGACGACGACGACCGAGGUCAGCUGGGACGAGUCAACUAUGUCGACGAUGUCGACGACGGAUGUCGAGUUUUUUCGUUCAGCGACCGCGCAGGAGGCGAUCGGGCGCGCCUGAGUCGCUCCUUAGUCGCGGUCGGGGCUGCCGUUGCGCUGUCUCACUAACACCGUUCCACGCUUACACGCGUUUGAAUCUCUAUAUCAUUCCUGUACAGUGCAUAGAACGAGAGCCAAGCUCGAAGCAUCAGCACUCGAAGACAUAGCAUUGCAUUGCUCUCUUAUAAGGGUGGCGGUUCCAGUGACUUGGUCGUUUUUCCUCUUGAUCGGUUGCGAAAACUCACUUUUUUCUUCUGUUGUUGUGAUACUUAAAUACUCAACUGUUACGAGUCAUGUUAAGAACAAACGGCGCUUGAGCCUUAAAUAAAGCAAUUAACGAAAUUAUAUUAUUCUACCAAAGCUGCUGAAAUCAUCUAUCUCAAUUUAUAUUCCUAGUUCGCUUUAAAAAUAUAGGUUUAUUGGCAAGAUUCCAAUUGUCUUAGUUACUGUAUCAUGAAAUUAUUAAUGUAGAUAUUGCUAACUUAUUAAUCGAUAAUCAAUUAUCGAAUGAAAUUUAUAAAAUGAGUUGUGAUUAUCGAUAGGUAAGGUGGAACUGUGUUAGAUAUUUUGCGAAGCAUUCCUGUUCGUGACAAUUCAAUCGCUUCGGUACCGUUCAGUCUUCAUUUUAUUUGAUUCUUUAAUUCCCAAUAAAAGCCAAAUGGACUAUAAUAUCGGAUGGCACUAUAUUUGUUAUUAGUGUAUCGAAUCCAUUUGUUGAUCGUCUCCUAAGAUUUCUAUUUAAUUACGUCUAAGUGAUUCGUUAAUGGAUCCGAUAGAAGACUUCGGUUCCGUUACAAACGAAAUAGCAUUUAUCGUCCCCAAAAAUCUUAAACGCCCGUAAUUUUCCAAGUUUACAAAGUGCCCUCUCAAGAGCAUAUUCAAAUUAAGAAAUUAUCACUUUAAUUCCUUUGAUAGGCCCGUAGUGAACACGAAUAUUAAUAACGAAAUUAGUUUAAAUAUUUUAUAGCUCCAAUAUGUAUCAAUUUGCAUAUGAAUGCGUUGGAUUGUCACGAUCUGGAUAUUUGGGAAGCUUUUGUACUUAGAUUGAACGUGUUGAGGUGUAAUUUCAUAAGAAUAUGACUGAGAAUUGGACUGAGUAAUGUAGUUUAUGUUGGUUUCGGUCUAGGGUACGAUAGGAUAAAGUAUAAUGCGGCGUAACGGCAUGCUUCUGUAUAUGCUACGGUGUCAGAUUGAGGCGUGUGGUCUUCGUUCCAAUGGUUAAGACUCUAGAAUAAAAAAGUAAAAACUGGAGAGAAAAAUUGCGUAAACGAUGCAUUAAAAUCUCGACCACUCGCCUCUAAAUUGUCCAAAUACGGAGUAGUGAUAAUAACUAACAUCAGAGAAGUGACUAUUAGUAAGUAGUUUUAAAACGUGUAUCUAAUUUGUAAAUUUAUUUAUUUUCCAUAGAGAAAGUGUAUUUUGUUAACGUUUUAGUUGAUGUUUUUUUUUAUUCUCUUCUCCCUUUAGUUCCAACCGAAUGUAGAUAUGUAGGAUUUCAUACGCUUGUUAUUUUUAGUGAGCCAAUUAUAUUUGUAUUAUAAAUAUAAGUCCGUUCGGUAAAAAUAUGUGCUCUGUAUGCAGUUUGUAUGGAAUGUAUGAAUGCAUUUGCAAAUAUUCGAUUGGAUAUAUGAUGUA